AUGACGUCAAAAUCUGUCGUUUGGGCGCAGAUACCAGUAAGAGUGAAGGGCAGCUCAAUAUGCGCCCAUCACCACGAUACGGAAGUAACUCUCGCCUGUCGACAGUGCUCGGAGCUAGCAUGUGUUAGGUGCAUUGCCAGUGUUCACAGCGGACACUUACUGGACAACAUCGCUGACGUCAUUACUACUAAGAAAGGCAACAUUCAGUCGUUCAUUCGCCGAACAGAACAUCAGGAUAUUGUCAAUCUCAAAACAGAAAUCGGUUCUAUUACACAAAAGAUAGAACAAAAUGAAAGGAGAUUCAAUUUUCAUCAGAAAGAACUUGAAAUUCAAGGGAACCGAAUGAAGGACGAAAUUAACAUUAUCGUCACGAAAAUAGUUUCUGAAUGUACAGAACUCAAGCGAGAAAAUGAAAGUCGAUUGAAAAAAUAUAAAGUUGACAUGGAAAAGAGAAUUAAGGAGCUAACUAUACUGGUGCAGAAAUGUCAAGUUGCUUUAGAAACUGAAAGUGAUGUUGAAAUAUUUGACGCGGAGAAGGAACUUUAUCCGUUACCAAAUCCGGAGUUGAACUUGUGUAGCCUGGCAUUUACACCAAACAUGCAUCCUCAAGGAUAUCUCGACCUUGCUAUGGGGAAGCGGAUUGUUGCAGGGUAUUCAAUGACGUAUGCUUCUAUACAUGAGGAUAAUGAAAACGAUUCCUCGACGGGAACAUUGGCACAAUUGAAAGAAGUCACCCAGCGAAAUGCACCCUUCAAUGUCAGUGCAAUAAGUGCAAAGAGAGAAAACGGUGCGUGGAUCUGUAGCAAUGAAGUAUCAUCUAUCUAUGAAAUAAACGAUCAACAUAGAAUUAAAAAAAGCUGUUUUAAAGUAUGUAUCAAUGACAUCAGUGUGUCCCCCGUAACUGGUAAUGUGUGGGCAUGUUCAGGAGGCAACAACGCCAUAAUGGAGCUCCAAGCAGACGACUCAUCAAUCCAGAGGUUUACAACUUCUUCAACACCGCGAUGCCUCUGCGUGACACAAGAUAGCAACAUAGUUGUAGGAAUGGCCUGUAAACUUGUGUGUUGUGACGUUCAAGGAAACGUCCUGCUUUGCAAGAAUGUUAGAACAGCCACGAAGGUCGCUGCCUGCCCAAACACUAGGAGGAUAGCAGUUGUCGAGUUAGAUUUCCGUGAGCAUGAUGGUGAAGGAAGGCCUCACAUUUUGGUACUUGAUCGAAAAUUCCAAGAACAGUAUCGUUAUUACAAUAACAAAGAAGACAAAGGUACCAAUCCAGAAAGUGCUUCAACAGCGUUCCACCCUAGUGAUGUGGCGUUUGAUUCGACGGGCAAUCUUCUUUUCGCUGACUAUGAAAACAAGUCCAUCUUAAUCAUGAACAGCACUGGGGAUGUUAAAUCCAUUUAUAGUGAUCCAUGGCAUGUCGUAGCACUCAGCAUCAACGGCAUUGAGGAGGUGUGGGCAGUAUUCAGGUACCGAAACUACCCAAACUAUAGGAUCAAAAUGCUGAAACCAGAGUUAUAUACGUGA